ACGACUGGAAGCCAUCUUGAACGGUUGGUUGACAUGACUCUUUUCGUAGUCAGCUAAAAAAUCGACAACACUGACAAACAGCGCAGAGAGAACCGCUCAUUUCAGGGAAUCCAGGUAAAAGCACACGGACCUGAACACCUUCUACCUGUUCUGUUGUCUGUUUUAAGUGUGUAUUUAAUGACUUUGUGUCGGUGUUUGUUCUGAAUGUUGACUCCUCCGUCGGUUACCUGCUUCAUGCUAGCUCGCUGUCAUGUUAGCACGCAGUCCGGGGUUAGCGUAGCGACGGUUUUUUUUAACGUUUUAAACGGUGGAUAUUUCGGUUUUUGUGUCAAACAUCAAUUUAUGGAUAUGUUAGAUUGUUUAAAAAUGUACUCUUAUAAGAAAACAGAGCGCGUUAAAAUGUCUGAAUCGGGUGUUAUUGGUGAUUACGUACACAGAACAGAUUUAGCAUGAAGCUACAUCUACGUGCGCUUGUUAGCUCGAUGCGGCAGUUGGGCAGCAAACGCUACUGAAGCUCAUUUAACUUUGAUGGAUUUAAGAAGCAGAAGAGCAAAUAUAAUGUAGUUUUUAUGCAUUAGGAUUUCCCACAUGCCUUCUCCAAAUUAAAGUGACUUUUAUUUUUAUUCGGCCGUUAAACCGAGUUAAAUAUCUGUGCGUAGGUCGGCUAACUUUGGAUGGAGGGCCACUCAUCUACGUUUGGACUUUCACAUCAAAUAUACUUCAAAUAUGACCUUAUGUUUACUUCUGCUCUAAUGCUAUCAUGUUUGUAUCUUUUGUGUUUAUGAAUGCUUUUCUAAUCCUGUGUGGUGUUUUUUCAGGGUUUGGAGAGACUCAGAAAAGGACGCAGCGGCGCAGCACAGCUAAACAAGAUGGCUAGCUAAACAGUCAGCCAAUACUUGAUAGCUGGCUAAGCCCUCCUGGUGAAUGGUUUUCUAGAAAACUGUGGAAAUCAGCACUUAUGCUUGGCCCUAAAUAACUGAAGAAUAACACAAUUAGACGAUUAAACAAAACUGAUAUAGAGAUAAACAGCUCUUUUUUUGACACCUGAUGUCCCAGAUCUGAGAAUCUAUUGAGGAACCUGCAGAGACAAGAGAUUUGAACCAUCAACAUUUUAACUUUAUAGUCUCAAGAGAGGACAAUCAAGCGUUUGAGGUGUCCCGGGGAGAGUGGACUCACUUUAUGUUGAGACGAUCAAGGAUUUCGUUACUAUUGGAACAGAAAAGUCAAGCUUAAGUCAACAUGAGCACCGUCAGAACAGAGAACCCGGUGAUUCUGGGUUUGUCAAACCAGAACGGACAGCUGAGGGGUUCGGUGAAGCCCGCAGGAGCACCAGGUGGAGGGGGUGGAGGAGGAGGCGGAGGAGGAGGCCCUCAACAGCAGCCGCUUAAUCAGCUGAAAGGAGCAAUUAACAAUGGCAACUCCCAGCCCGCUCCUACAACAAAUGCUGUUAUCAAGUAAGUGAUCGGAAACUGAAUAUCCAGAAAUUUUGAAGGUGCAGUGACAUUUAGCAGGACAGAUCUGUGUCUCUACACUAACACAGACCAUUCUCGAUGACUUGUCUCCCACAGGCCUGGAGAUGACUGGAAGAAAAACCUGAAAUUGCCCCCAAAAGACAUGAGGAUCAAAACUUCGGUUGGUUCUUGAGCUGAUAAUCAUUCAUUGUUUGUGGAAAUAAAGGAUGACAGCUUUUCUUGUUCUUUUGCUCCACUUUUUCCUCACACUCUCAUCCAUUUACUUCACAAUAGAUGUCAGUGCUCUUCUAGCAAAUUCUGUGUUUGGCUACUUUUCCAUCCUAGCUACUGAUGAGAUAUGCUGUAGCUCAUAUUUACAGAUUCAAAUGUCAGAUGGGAUUUUUUUUUAGCUGUAAUUUUUGUCAUAAUUUACUGCUUGAUCUGCUCUUUCCUUCACAUCUAGUAAAAUAAAUACCAAUCAAUGUUUUUUUUUUUAUUUAUGAUUACAGGAUGUGACUGCAACUAAAGGCAAUGAGUUUGAAGAUUAUUGCCUAAAGAGGGAGCUGCUCAUGGGAAUCUUUGAGAUGGGCUGGGAAAAGCCAUCUCCAAUUCAGGUACAGAACAAUCUCAGCCCAGCAGGAUUAAAAUGAGUCAUGUUUUCAUUGUAAAGUGUGGUCUAUAUAAAGUCCUUGGUGGUUUUGAUGCUUUUGGCAUAAUGUUUUUCUCUUUUUUAAUAGAUAAACUUUCAGUUUCCAUUUUUGGUUCCAUGAUCAGGAUGUCAGUAGAUAGAAAGGUGGUUUCAGAUGUCUGAUUUAAAGUUAAAGUUUCGUGGAUGGAAAAAGGUGUUAAGUUGAUGGAUGAAGGAUCUAACUGACAGGACCAGGACUUAAUCUGGUCUCUUGUCAAACUGAAGUGUAGCACCAAAUAAAAACAAGAUAAAGUAAAGAGAGAAAACUGUGAAUGCAGGUCCUUAACAGCUCCAUCAACCUUUACUGUCCUUUUGUGUUAUUUGUUGAAUAUGGAAUUCAAAAUGUUAACAAGUAGUGCAUAAAAUUUUGCAUUUAACAUUAUCAUGAUAUCAUUAUGGUAAUGUUAAUAGCAUCAUGAAGGCUGGAGCGCAGCUGUUCAGUCACUCUUUGCGUCACUUAGAUGGAGUCAAAUGUUCAAAUCUACUGUCUGAAGUUUGUGUUGCAGCAGCUGUGCUCCAAAUCUUUCUGUUUGACUGCUAGUAACGACAUCAGUGAAGUGGUGCGGCGUGUAAAUCUGAUGUUUCUGCUUUCACACAGGAGGAGAGUAUUCCCAUUGCACUGUCAGGGAGGGAUAUCCUGGCCAGAGCCAAGAAUGGCACGGGAAAGAGUGGAGCCUACCUCAUUCCCUUACUUGAACGCAUUGACCUGAAGAAGGACUGCAUACAAGGUGAGACAGCUAGUCUCCUACGACAGUUUACAUCCUGCUCUGAUCAGAUAAAAACAAAAUAUACUAUAUUAGGAGCAGACGGUUGUAGUUGAGCUCAAUAUGGCACUGAUAGUUGUUGGACACAGACACAUCCACUUCCUGCUCCUCAUUUUCAGACUCGCCCUUAGCUCAUUAUUUACCUAUUUUCCUUGAAUGCAUGUGCAAAACCUAAAGAGGGAGUUUAGGUGGGGGUUGAACCAGCUCCCAAACGACCGAAGGCUGUUGUGACAGGAUUGUAGUGUCCAAACUAAGACUAGACAGACUCUUGUUUGGUCUACGUGAAGAUUGUAAACACGGUUGUUUAUCUUCUCUUCAGCGUUGGUCAUAGUACCUACCAGAGAACUGGCUCUGCAAGUCAGCCAAAUAUGUAUCCAGGUCAGCAAACACAUGGGAGGAGUGAAGGUAAUGGCAACCACAGGUGGAACCAACCUCCGUGACGACAUCAUGAGACUCGAUGAAACAGGUAAAUAUGGAGGGAAUGUGGCGAUUGGAGUUCAACGAAACGAAAGUGAAAUGAUGUUAAAACAAUCAGGUCAGAUGUUUGUGUGAGAAGAAGGCUUUCAGACGUACAGACUUUGAUAUGUUUGGUGUUUUUCACAGUACAUGUGGUCAUUGCAACUCCUGGGAGGAUUUUAGACCUCAUCAAAAAAGGAGUCGCCAAAGUCAAUCAAGUGCAGAUGAUUGUUUUGGAUGAAGUGAGUCCAUCAGUUUUUAUUCCUUUAACCCGACACACAGAUUUAUAAUGAAUCAGUCUGACAUCAGUAGAACCAUCUGAGCCUCUGUCAGCUCUAAGCGUCGUCCCUCUGCUCCACAGGCGGACAAGCUCCUGUCUCAGGACUUUGUGGUGAUGAUGGAGGAGAUCCUGGGCUUCCUGGCCAAACAGAGGCAGAUUCUGCUUUACUCUGCAACCUUCCCCCUCAGCGUACAGAAGUUCAUGGUACAUCCUCCUCAUUUUUAAAAACGUUUAUUUUUUAUCGGCUGCUUAACAGACCGGCCUGUUUAACUGCUCCUGUCUUCACCUCCGCAGAACUCACACUUGCAGAAACCGUACGAGAUCAACCUGAUGGAGGAGCUGACACUGAAGGGUGUGACUCAGUAUUAUGCUUAUGUAACCGAAAGGCAAAAAGUUCAUUGCCUAAACACCUUGUUCUCCAGGGUAGGUAUUUCCUUUUCUGGACUUUUGAUUAGCUUCACUGGUGUCAUGAGAACUUUAAUGUAGGAGACACACUUGACUGGAGAGGCGUUUAAUGCAAAUGACAGUUUAAUGAACCGGUGUCAGAUACUGAUGGAUAAUCCAACAUUUUCAGAUAUUUUCAUUGUUGAGCUGUGAGAGCGGCCCUGAAACCUCACGGUGCGAACGUUUAUUCAGCCCAAAUUUACCGUUUUGUCUCGUCUCUUUCAGCUCCAGAUAAACCAGUCCAUAAUUUUCUGCAACUCCUCUCAGAGAGUGGAGCUCCUUGCCAAGAAGAUCUCCCAGCUUGGUUAUUCGUGUUUCUACAUUCACGCCAAGAUGAGACAGGUCAGCUCCGAGUCAUCGCUCAGAAAUAAAAGCAGAAUAAACACUGAUGAUGGGAGCAUGCCUGAACUGCUGCUGCUGCUGCUGCGCUCCACUGUUGUGUGUUAACUGUGAUCUGUGUGUGCACAGGUAACACACAACAGUGCACACACAGCAUGUGUAGUUAUUUGUGUUUGUUGAUUGGCUGCUGCUCUUCAUUUCUGGAUGUGUGUACUCAGUGACCCCGGUGUUUACAGGCUUUUUCAUUGUGUUAAAGUUGAGUCACAUUGAAGCUGCAUAACAAAUAAAACACAAAAUCAAACUCAGUCUGCUUAUUCCUGAAGUAAAGGUCUACAUAUGAGUGAAGGUCGUCUUUUUAACGCUCUCUUUUCUCCACUGCAGGAGCACCGUAACCGCGUGUUCCACGACUUCAGAAACGGCCUCUGCAGGAAUCUGGUCUGCACUGGUAAGCUCCAGGGUCAUGUUGCAGCUGGUGGAGGUUUUAAUACUGCUUUAGCUGACACCGUCGAUUUAGAGCCAGCGAUGCAUGCGGCUCAGCUGUAUUGAUAAUUAUUCUGUUACUGGACGUCCGCCCAGGUUUGUUUUGCAAGUUUAGAAAAGUGAACGGACUAUAAACAGGUACUGGGCUCACGUCCAUCACUGUGUUCACACUGAAGAACUGCAGAGGCCAUCAUGUCUGUGUGAGCGCUUCAGUCAGUACAAUAUGUGUGGAAACCAAAUCACAGCUCUAUGAGUAUAAUUUAAAUCAGAGGUUAAUACAGACCUGGAGUUUUAAAGUUAAUUUACAGUAAAGUAAGAGAAAAAAACUCAACAUAAAGAAUCUCUUUUCCUUAAUUAUUCACAGGACUGUAAAAGAUCAGCAGAGAUGAUUAAAUGUUCUGUGACAUUUUAGAAGAAACAAAAAUAAUGUGAAAAUUGAAAACUACUUCAACUAAAAUAUCUUCAAAUUAAAAUUAAUAUUUCUGGAGCUCAUUUUUCUUUCUAAGAGUCACUGACAGUUUCUCUGACUGAUGUUCGAGCUCUAAACUUGAAAAAAUGCACAACUUUAAUGCUGAUGAGAGUUGUGGACGUGCAAGAACUCAGAUUUAAUGACUUCUGCACAUUUCGGCUCGGUACACAUUUGCGCCGCAGCACUGAAGCGGUUCGGCUCAGAGAAACCUUUGCACCGCCAGCAUCAACAGAAACAAGAAUCUACGAGGCGCAGUGACUGAAAGACAAAGAGCUUCCAGCACUUUGGCGGCACAUGAACAUAAAACAGUAACGCAUUCAUAGCCGUGCAGACAGAAAACAAUACCAAUGAAAUGACUGAGCUGAUUAUGAAACCAUGAAAACAUUUUGAUAAUGCUGGUCAGCCAGAGCGCGCUGUCGAAGCCAAAGGUGGACCACAAUAGAUUUGUGUUACAUGACACCAAAGUUCUCGGCCCUGGCAUUCAGAAUUAGAGCUUUUUUUUCAUGUCAGGAUCUUAAGCAGUGAAGUUAACGGACAUUCUUGAUAUAUGAGUGAACGCAUGUAUAGAAAAAUGUUCAUAGACGUGUUUCAGAGGUGUGUCCAGAAUCCUUUUAUUAUUGUGUGAAAACAUGCAGGUUUAAAUCAGGACCCCUAACACUCCUGCUCUCUGCGUUUCUUCCAGACCUCUUCACGAGAGGAAUUGACAUUCAAGCUGUGAAUGUUGUGAUCAACUUUGACUUUCCCAAGCUGGGAGAAACAUACCUUCAUCGCAUUGGCAGAUCCGGUAAGAGUCUACUGUAGAAAAUAUAUGUAUAUAAUUUUACACAGAAAGCUCUGAUAGAACAAAAACUCAAACUCCAAUCCUUCCAUAUCCAGGCCGCUUCGGACACUUGGGUCUCGCCAUCAACCUCAUCACUUAUGACGAUCGCUUCAACCUGAAAGGGAUCGAGGAACAGCUGGGGACAGAGAUCAAACCGAUCCCUGGCAUCAUCGACAAGAGCCUCUAUGUGGCAGAAUACCACAGCGAGAGUGGUGAAGAGGUCAAGCCAUGAGCCAGUAAGUCCACAGACAAGGUCAACACAAUAUCAGGGUCACUUCAGGAGGAUUAAACUGAAGUUUUAAAGUGUCUCUAAUUCUAAACAUAUGGAAGUGUAGGAGCAGAGAUCAUACUUUGAUUUAUUGUCAAGAUCAUUGGAGGGUUAUUCUUCAUUUUACAACAAUGUUGAGUUAAAUUACAGAUGCAGUUAAAAGAAACUCGAGGCUCAAUAAUCCUCACAUUAAAAAAUAUAAAUAUAAAAAUGUAAAUAUAAAUAAAAAAUAUAUAAUUAAUAAAUAAUAUAAUAAUAUAUAAAUAUAUAAAUAUAAAAAAUAGAAAUAUAAUAAAUAAAUAAUAUUAUAAUAAUAAUAAUAUAUAAUAUAAAAAAUAUAAAUAUAAAAGUGAAAUUCAAAAUGUAUAUAUCCAGAGAUUGUUCAUCCCAACAGUUUUAAUCUGAAGUUUUGCUGAAGUUGUACCUUGAAUAUUCUCUCCUCCAGCCUAACUUCUCUUCUCCCCUCUCUCCCCACAGAUCAGUCCAUCCUCCAUCACCCCCUUUGUACCUUUUUUCACCCCCCGCCCCGCCCCACCGUCUCGGACUUCCUUUUUUAUGUACAGUUUCUGUCUGUCUUUCUUUUUCGGAUGCCACCGUGAGGAAUGUGUAUUUUGAUGGACGUGUUUUGGGAAGAACUCAUUGGCCUUUUUAUUGGGCUCUGUGCUGCUGCACCGCCGCCGCCACCGCCGCCGCCACCACCACCCUGAAGACAUAAGCACCCUGAGGAAAGCAUGGGACCAAGUUAAAAAGCAUCGAUGCACAUUGUGUGACUCUUCAUAUCCACCUAUGACACAAAGCCAGCACCAACAGACCGCCGCGACACGUCGUCCCUCCAUUCUCCACUUUUUUAUUUUGGAAGUUUUAACCAAUUUGUAUCAAGUGCCUUAACAAGCAGUUCAACUCGUUCUAAAGUAAUAACCCUCCAUUAUUAUCCGCCAUCGUCUCGCUCACCUUGUACCACACACACACUUUCACUCUCAGCUGAUGGAAACGUUGUCACACUAAAGUCUGACGGAGGGAGGAGGUGAAUUCAUUACAGCUUUUGGUUGGAUCAUCUGUUUGAAGGGAAUGGAGGUCGUUUAGGAGGGAGACCGGUCUGAGUGAUCCUCUGCUGGCUUCGCUGCACUCGAGUCUGGCUGGAAAAAAAAACAAAAAACAAAACAAGGAGGACUAACUUGGAUUUUUCCAUGGACAGAGAUGCUGGAUUUUUCCCAAGAGACAGCCAGACAGUCCAGCUGCUUGUAAAGAAGCUCGUGCUUCUAAAAGACCCAGACCCUUUCCUCUGUCUUCAGCAUCACAACACUAAAACGAACGAGCAGCCCGUCAACACCAUGAGUCACCAUGAGGAUUCCUGUUUCGGUGGAGUUGAUCGUAGGGAUCGCCGUUUUUCUUUGACGUCCUGUGUUUCACCUUCCUAUGGAUGGCCAUACUAAUAUCUCUGAGAUGUGCAGCCGACAUGUGGGGCGCACCUCCCAUCUUGUGUAAAUACCUUCAUUUUAAGAUUGUUUUAAACAAGUUCAAAAGGCUGGCUGACAAACUGAAGAGCUUUUUCCCCCCUUGUUAGCACUGGAGACUUUCUUUAACCGCCAGUUUGUUUGACCUGCAACAUUGGCCUGUGAAUUUAUUUAUAAUUUUAGAAACUGCAGAAGUUACUAGAAUCGAAAACAUUGAUACGACCUUGUGCAUGAAAUGUUCUUUUGGAGGCCUGGUCCAUCACUGACCGUCUUUUAGCCCCUCGAAAUUCAAAGGCGAGUGCGAUUCUUUAAAGCUGCACUUAAAGUGAGACGUGACGCCGCCGCCGCCCUUUUUCUCUCGCUCCCAGUGUUAACGGAUGGCUUUGAUAAGCUUGUGCAUUUGAGUAAUGAAUUCUUUGUUGUCACCAGCCUUAACUUGUGAACCUGACUCUUCAGACACUCGCUGAGAUCUCCAGUUUGAGCGAGUGUCGAGAGAAGAGGACAAUAUUAUAUCGUGUAGUAGUACUACUCGCUGCAGUGCAGCUGAAUUGGCAGAGAAUUAGUUUUUCUGGGGGAGGUAUUAGCUGUUACGUAGUUCUUUGUGCUCUGUAAUAAGCACAGCUACAUUAUUUCACAAACGUUGAGUCAGACAGAGUUGUGGAUUUAUUUACCCCCGUUAGAAGAAUGUCGGCCGAAUGCAUCAAAAACGAACCAUCUGACCUAAAAUGUAGCAGGAAUUCAUUCUCUGUGCAAAGCUGGACCUCUGAGACCAGCCAAGAAAAAAAAGAAAACAACCCCAGCAGGUUGGGCUGCACUUCGACACAGAGAUGGGUUCAGGCAAUAACACUGACUGCACUGCUUUUUGUACACUCGUGCUGAGUGAGGAGAAGUGUGAGGUGGUACCGAACAUGAAAACUAAAACCAAGAAUUGGCACGGAGGGGGGGUGGGCAUGAAGGAUUUCACAAAGACUAUCAGCCGGACUGCUUGUUAGAAACUGACCUGAGCGCCUCAGGCUGCUGCUGAGUUUAUGGCUUCACUUCUCUGCCCUGUUUACUUUGAUACCGCCGCGGGUUUGGGUUUACCUUUUUGCAUUUUUGCAUUUUUGUGCAACAUCAAAACCUUAAAUUUGCAUAAAGGUCUUCAGAGCGCUUGUUUGCAGAUCUGAAACCUUUCUGCAAAUGAGGUUCCCCUUGUUCUGGUUAGAUGCUCUCGACCGUCCUGACCAAUGAGAAGUCUAAUUUAUGAUACCGCUGUGAAAAAAAUGCUGAUUUGUUGAAGCUUCUCCUUUUAUUUCUCAUGGUUUAGGACUCUGAUCCCUCUUCUCUCAGCUCCAUGAUCGUCCCCUUUAUACUCGCUCGUCUGAUUCGGCUCAUUGUUUUGGGUUGGGGGUGGGGUGGGGGGGUGUAUUUGUUAAUAAACUCUAAAUUAAUCUGAGCGUCAGCUGAGAGAACGGGGAUCAGACUUUACAGACACUUGGCAGCUGUCUGUCUGUCGGGUGUCAGCCUGGUGGCAGGAAUCAGCAGCCGAUCCUUCAACAUCACGUGGAUCAGUCCCUCCUUCGGUGGGACGCUGCCUCACUGCCCACGGCGGACAUCUUGAGAACCUUAAAGACUGAGACAAGAGCAUCUUCCUCCAGAUUGGGUCAAUGAUUGGAUUGUUUCUGUGAUUAAAAAAAUUGUCUCACUCUUUAAGGUGUUUUUUUAAAUUUAACGGGGAGGGUGAUUCGCUGGUUUCGCUGCCCUGAUGCACACGCUCAUCCUCUCGAUACCAAAGUCCAAAUUUAACACCUUUUGGACGUUUCGGCCGCUCUGCUGCGGCGUCAUCGAGGAGGGUGUGAGUGAAGUCCUCUAGUAGGUUUCAUGUGUGCAUCAGAUAAACGGAGGUGGGGAGGGAAAAAAUAAAUAUCUGAGGAACCAAAGUUGUGGAAAAGGGUCCAAAAAAAAAAGAAGUUUGGAAAAGUGUCCCUUAAAUUAGGAUUUCAGUUUUCUUUCAGAUGAAAUGUUCAAGUGGAGAACCUCGUUUCAAACGUCUCCAAAUUUAAGUGAAGAAGAAGAAUUUCCAACCUGAGUUCAUUUUCUUUUUAUUUGAUGAGAAAUUUGGUCGUUAUUUAAUUGGCAGAUUUUUUUCAGUGGAGCGAAUUUUACGGUGGAGUUCAGUUGAAGAGGAUGUCAUCAGUACGAUGGAGAUGAUUGGAAGUUUUGUUGAAAAUAAAGCUCGCUGAAAUUUAA